GUCACUCCUACAUGUGCUACAUGUGCUACAGUGCUACAGCUACGAGACUUGUGCCAGACAGACUGACAGGCUACUGCUGCUUCUAGCUAUUCAUGUCUCGAAAUGCCUGCUAAGGAGGUGGCGGCCCCGCCCAACCGUGGGGAGACGCUGCGCUUCAGUGAGCUGGUCAAUGAGCUACUGCAGCCUGUACAGCAGCUGUCAAAGACACGAGCCAGUACCCUCUUGGCCAAACCUGCAGAACGCAAACGAGAGAAGGUCGAAGGCUUCAUCAAAAAGUGGAAAGCGCGUGUUGGGCCAGAUAUGUUCCCGGCCAUGCGAUUAGUCAUGCCGGAGAAAGAUCGUGAUCGCAUCUACAGAGUCAAGGAGCUGACAUUUGCCAAUCUGCUCAUCAAUGUGCUUGGUAUCAAUAAGAAGUCAGAUGAUGCCCGCUCCCUGACACAUUGGAAGCAUCCAUCAUCUACUGAUGCGCCCGCAGGAGACUUUCCAGGGUGUGCUUACUAUGUGGUGGCUAAGCGAAGCACGCAGAUGAGUGAUUCUACAUUGACAAUUAAGGAUGUCAAUGAUCAGCUGGACCUCCUUGCGGCAGCGCAGAAGGCCGCGGAACAGACGCCAAUUCUCAGGUCCCUCUACGAGAAAAUGUCUGCAUUGGAAUUCAAAUGGCUUGUUUCGAUUGUCUUGAAAGCUAUGAAGAUUGGCAUGUCUGAAAAAGCAAUCUUUCCACUCAUUCACCCUGACGCCAUGCAACUCUAUAACCUCACUUCUUCCCUUUCACGCGUUUGUUGGCAACUUCACGAUUCCAAAUUACGUCUCUCGGAGCGCGAAAGCCUAGUUCGUGUCUUUUCCUGCUUUCAACCGCAACUAGCGGAGUGGAAGAGCUUUUCCUUUGAGCAGAUUGUCAAGCUCAUGGAUGGCGAGCCAUUCUGGAUCGAAGAAAAGCUCGACGGCGAGCGCCUGCAGCUCCAUAUGAAGCAUGGAAAAUUCCGUUACUGGUCACGGGGCGGCAAUGAAUCUACAGAUAUCUACGGCUCCCAGAUCAUCGACGGCAUCGGAGGCGGUGCCAUCACACGCCAUCUUCAAGGCGUCUUUCACCCCAAAAUCAAGUCAAUCGUGCUCGACGGCGAGGUGCUUGCAUGGGAUCCAAUUCGCAUGGCGCCUGUUCCAUUUGGAUCCUUGAAGGGUGUUGCUGCUCGAGAGAGUCGAUCAGAGAAUUCGCCAGACGACCCGUACCCUUGCUUCUGUGUAUUUGAUGUCCUCUCUGUCAAUGAUGAGAGCGUUACACACCAGCCGCUCCGACAACGACGAGCCUACCUGGAGAAGAUCAUCACCCCAAAACCACAUCGUUUCGAAAUUCUCGCCAUUCAAGAGACUGCCAGCGCUGAUGAUAUUGAGACUCGGCUUCGCGAAUGCGUUGCAAAUGCAUCGGAAGGCCUCUUGGUCAAAAAUCCAAGUCGCCCAUACAAGCUCAAUGAUAGAUCUACAUCCUGGAUCAAAGUCAAACCCGAGUACAUGUCCGAAUUCGGUACAAAUCUUGACCUCAUUGUGCUUGGCGCCUAUCAUGGCAGUGGACGUCGUGGCAGCAGGCUCUCUUCAUUUCUCUGCGGCCUACGUUGCGAUCCUCAACAUGGCCAACAGGGGCCUAUUCGAAAGUUUGUCUCCUUUUGCAAAGUUGGCGGAGGUUUUAGCAGUGAUGAUUAUCGUCGUAUUGCCCACUUGACGGACAAAAAGUGGACGCCACUCGACAAAAAGCAUCCUCCAGAUCACAUUGUCUUUCGAAAGACCAACUCUGGCACCAUCCUCGAAGCUCCCGAUGUUUGGAUCAGACCGGAAGAUUCUGUUGUGCUGCAACUCAAGGCCGCCUCAGCGGAGACGACCACGACUUUUGCAACAGCCGUGACUCUGCGAUUCCCAAGAUUUGAGCGGCUUCGCGAUGAUCGGAAUUGGCAAAACUGUGUAUCUGAACGCGAAUUCGCUGAUUUGCGAGACACAGCAGAAGGAGAGAAGAAGGAGAAGGAGAUGCAAAAGCACGUCCGGAAGAAUCGUGCAGUGGCGACCAGGAAAAUUCAACCAAUGCUACUCAAUGCAAACACUGGGCUGGCUGCCGUGAAAGUGCAAGAUCAAGCUUUGGUGGGCAAGACGUUUUUCAUCACAGCCGAUUCUCGGUCCCUCAAGAUCAGCAAGAAGGAACUCGAGAAAAUUGUGGUUAAGCACGGUGGCAAGGUUGUGCAAAACGAUGAAUCAAAUCCCGAUCAGAGUCGACUCACGAGUGAUGUGCACUGUAUUGGUGAUAUAUGGUCGGUCAAACAAUCAGCCAUCAGAAACCGUGGACUAGUGGACAUCAUGACGCCACAAUGGCUUCUGGAUUCCAUUGAAGCAGGACAUCUGUUGCGGAAAGAGACACGCUACAUGCACUUUUGCACAGAAGCGACGAGGAUAUCAGUCGAGCGAUCUACAGAUCAGUAUGGCGAUUCGUGGGACGAACACAUCGAUGUCAGUCGACUCCAAUUACUACUCAACCAAAUGGAGCAAGACAAGGCUUUGUUUUCACAUAUGCCUACCAGAGAAGAGCUCGUGUCUCUGCAACUAGAUCUUGAUCAACAAGCAGUCGACAGAGGAGACGAAUCAUGGUGGAUCUUUGCAGGCUGCACAGUACAUCUUGCAAAAGUUGCCGAAGAUGACACUGGACCUGACUACCGCUCGCUUUUGCAAGUGCAUGGUGCAAAGCUUGAGCUAGACGUCAAAAGCGAAGAAAUAACGCACUUCAUCGUGUCAGACUCGGACGAUGAACAGAGCCGACGAUUACGCUCAAUCAAUGCCCUCAGAUCAAAGAUUGGCCACAUCGUUCGGGCUGAUUGGGUGACGCAGUCCCUUGCGGAGCACACAUUACUGGCAGAGUCACGCUUCGCAGUUUAG